UCUUACAUAACGUAGAACAACAAAUUUUUCUUCACGAAAAGUUGAGAUUCGGCAGAAAAAAUAUUUCACCAGUUUAAAUGGAUGAAACAGAGAUACGAUUACUGGAGUAUGCUAGAAAUGGAGACAUCAGCGGUUUGUAUUUCAUGAUCCAGCAGAAUCCUAAAUACUUGGAGAGUUUCAACGAAAUCCAAUUCGUGAAUACUCCCUUGCAUUUAGUGGCUGCAGCAGGGUAUACAAAUUAUGCCAUUGAAAUCAUGAAUCUAAUGCCGUCUUUUGGAAGGACGCUCAACACCGAAGGUCUGAGCCCGCUUCAUCUCGCCUUACAAGAACACCGGGCUGAAACCGUUAUAGCUCUGAUAAGACUUGACAAGGGACUUAUCCGUGUUAAAGGACGGGAAGGGAUGACUCCAUUGCACUAUGCUGCCAAAACGAAUAGAGUCGAUCAUUUAGCAAAGUUUAUUUAUGAUUGCCCGGAUUCCAUCGAGGAUUUGACUAACAGGUUCCAAUCUGUGGCUCAUGUUGCAUUGGAAGAUAACAAUUUUGAGGCUUUUAAUCUCGUCUUCGGGUGGCUCAGAAGGAGGGGAAGAGAAGAUGUGCUGGGAUGGAAGGACGUGGAAGGGAAUACAGUUUUGCACAUUGCAGCAUUGAAGAAUCAAGUCCUGGUAGUGAAAAGGUUGGUCAACCUAGUACGAAUAAAUAAAAAGAAUUAUGCGGAUAUGACUCCUAUAGACAUUGCUGUUAGCAAAGAAAACAACGAUGUUAAAGAAGUUUUAAUUCGUGCAAAAGCCAAAAGGGCACGGGAACUGUCCGAGUUUACCCUAACACAAUAUUUGUGCUCACCACCGGGAAUUAUUGAAAAAGUGUUCAGAAAUUUUAUUCUUGUGCGGAAGGAUUUGUCUAUUGACAUGCGCAAUUUUGUGUUACUGGUGGCUGUAUUGAUAGCUACCGCUACAUAUCAAGCUGUACUGAGCCCUCCAGGUGGAGUCUAUCAAGGAGAUGCCAACACUAAUAACACUGUGAACAAAGUUGCUGGAGACACCAAUAUUCCAAUUAUAAAUCCGUCGUGGGAGCCCAAAAAUAGCCUUACUGGUACAAUGGUCAUGCCGAAGCUAAAAUACAACAUAUUUAUGCCAGCGAAUACUUUGGCUUUCAUUCUCUCUCUUUCAGUGAUAGUCUUCGUGCUGCAAGCUCGCGCUUACACGAUAAUCUUGGAUGUUUGCCUCAUAUUUCUUGCAUAUGGCUACCUCAUUGCAAUGGUAUGCAUAUCGAAUUCUUCUAAUGUUUCUCGGAUUCUAUCCUCCCUUUCUUGGUGCACUAUGGUCCUUGUUUUCUUGUUGAAGAUGUUUUAUUAUCUGGUGAAGGCUAAGUGCGAGGCCAGGAAUCGGUCUAGCAUACUUAACCUUUUUGACAAACUUCCUCAAGAAGUCUAUAUGAUAAAGUGCAUAAGAAGAAUGGUAAUGCAAUACCUAGUGCUCAAAAAGUAACUCAGCCCAAGUAUUCGGAGACAAGGAGCCAAAACCCCCAAAUACUAGUGACGUUUCUUAGCGGGUGUUUGUGCCCCAUUAUUUGCAAAUAAUGUAUUAUGAAAUAGUGAUUGAUGUUGAAAUGU